UAAUUAAAAGUUAAUUAUGAACCGAGAUCGCCGUUUCUGGACCGAUUUCAUUGACAUAUAUAGAACCCAGCCCGCUCUGUGGCGCCGUGGCAGUAAGGAAUACGGCGACAAGUGGCUCAAGGGCAGGGGUUACGACCGACUGGUGGCCAAACUGCGCGAACGGUACCCGAAGGCGGACCGCCAAACGGCGAUCAAGAAAAUAAAUUGCCUCCGGACGAACUAUAGGCGAGAGAAACGUAUGGUGGAUAUGCACAGACGGGCGGGAGAACACUGCUCCACGACCCUGUGGUUUUUCCACCAGUUCAGCUUCCUGGAUGAAUCGCAGCACACCAAUGAAAGCCAGGAUGUUUUCCAGGAGACGAAAGAAGACAACGAAGACCCUGAUUUCUACAGCCCUUGGCAAAAGCAGCUCAACUGCGGGAACUACAUUGAGCUCUACGACGAGAUGCUGGUGGACAGCGACUGUGACAGGGAAGAGGAUGGACUAAAGGAGAAUCUAAACUUCUGGCAGGAGUUUUUCAAAACAUAUGAAGGCUUACCCUCCCUGUGGAAGACGGACAGCGCAGAGUAUCGAGACAGGCAGCGGAAGAACAGAGACUACAAGGUUCUGGUAGAUAAGCUAAGGGAGGUCUAUCCCCGAGCGGCCUCCAAAGAUAUGGCCAAGCGCAGGAUCAACCACUUUUGUUCUGCUUUCCAACUUGAACACAGAAAAGUUUUGGAUGCCGAGAAGUCCAAGUUGAUCUACGUUCCAAAGCUAUGGUGUUACAAUCUCUUGUUAUUCCUCAGCGAUCACCUAGAGAGUAGCGAUGAUCUCAUGGAGGAAGAAGAAACUGGUCAGAAGAAUUUCCGGGCUGUCGAAGACUCAAAGGGAUCUGCUGGCUUCUCUGAGUUCAACAGAUUCGAUAAUGAAACACCAACAGACCUAAGUAGCGCAUUGAGCAACAAAUCAAAUAACUCCAGUACCCUGGAGGACCCCAUAACUUUAUCGUGGAGUGCCCAAUACAAUGAAAUGGACGGACACCAAAAGAUCUUGGCCCGGAAACUAAUAGGCGACAUCUUGUUUCAGGGUUGCCUGGGCAACCUAAACAUGGAACUAACCAAGGCCGUCCAGAAUGUGUUUAGUUGUCCAGAAACUCAAAAAAGGUAAAUAGGAAGGAAUAGCAUGCACUUAAGUGACCUUACGUUAUUGUUAAGUAUUAGAUGUUAAUUGCUUAGUGUUAAUUAACUAACGAAAUGCUUCAGGGAAAGCCAGUUUUCUAUAGAUAUGUUAUAUGAUCAAUCUUUCAUGACAUUUUGAAUCGAAAUGACAUCCAACGUAUUCCAAGAAUUUCUUUAUACCUAAAUCAGUGAACUUUUAAAGUUGUUUACUUAAGAGUAAGGACCUUUCAAAAUCAUUUCCUGUAUCUGCGACAUUAAAUAUUGAUAUUGGCAAUUUCCAAUUAUUUCAAGCGUCUUGACACAACUGUAACCAAGACCUUUGAACUCUGGCAAACACCAGACCAGGGCCAUCAAACCGAAAGCAUUGCAAUUAAUUAAUGCCGCUGGGUCAGCGAGUCAAUAAAGGUGGAGUGUCUUUGACUUUUA